AUUGUGCGUCGGUUGGGGCGGGCGGCCCGCUGGCGGGGCGGACGUGGGGCAGUCAGAAGAACUGAGGAUGAGUCAAAGCAGUAAUUUUGACGAUCCAAGCCCAUUCUGUGUUCUCUGUGGACGGACAGAUGACUGCCCUGAAAAGUAUGGAGAAAAAAGGACCUAUGUGGCAUACAAUCUUACUGUUCAUUACUACUGUUUGUUGAUGUCUAGUGGCAUUUGGCAGAGGGGAGAAGAAGAUGAAGGUGUAGAUGGAUUCUUAAUCACGGAUAUCAAAAAAGAAGUAAAUAGAGCUGCAAAACUGAAAUGUAAUAUCUGUAGGAAAAAGGGUGCUUCAAUUGGAUGCGUAGCUCCCAAAUGCAAACGAAGUUACCAUUUUCCUUGUGGGAUACAAAGAGAAUGUAUUUUCCAGUUCAUGGAAGACUUCAGAUCUUACUGUUGGGAUCAUAAACCAGUCCAAAAGUUUUCCAAUGAAGAAUCUAGAGGAACUUCACAGUGUACAAUAUGCAUGGAUUUGGUUGAACAGCGUCCAGAGUACAAUGUAUUGAAAAGUCCAUGCUGUAAAAAUGCGUGGUUUCAUCGAGAAUGCUUGCAGUAUCAAGCUUUGAGUGCUGGGAUAUUUUUCUUUAGGUGCUCAGUAUGUAAUAACAAGGACAAAUUUCAGAAAGAAAUGUUGAGAAUGGGCAUACACAUUCCAGAAAAGGAUGCAUCUUGGGAACUUGAAGAGAAUGCUUAUCAAGACUUACUGCAAUGUUAUCAACACUGUGACAUUAAAAGGUGUCUGUGCAAGAAAGGAAGAGACUAUAAUGAACCUGAUAGUAAAUGGGAAAUUAAGCGUUGUCAGUGUUGUGGUUCCCGUGGAACUCAUUUGGCCUGUUCAGCUCUGAAGUCAUGGGAGCAAAACUGGGAGUGCAUGGAAUGCAGAAGUAUCUUAGCAAAAUCAGGGAACUAUAGCAAACGGAAAAAGCAUUCUUUGGCUACCUCUGAAAAGGCUGAUGGGACAACUUGUUUGCUGGAAGAGCCAUCUCCAAAGUGCCCUCGGCAGUCAUCUGGAUCUCAACGCAGUUUUCUUCUCCAAUCACCAAAGGCAUUGUGUCAGAACAACCUGUCACCCUGCUCACACCGAGAACGUCCAGCAUCCAACACAGUGACAAUGCCCUUGUCUCCACUGAUGUCAAACAGGAACUGUUCCCUGAGGAAAAAGCAUUUAAGAAAGCAAAGAAGGGAAAUUUCUAACAUACUGAAGGAGUUAAAGCUACAAAUUAGUACAAAAACUACAAGGCUUAACAUCAAUGCAGAGAACUUCUGGAAUAGUGCUUUAAAAGGAUUUAGACAGCGCAACUUCAGUCCUACAAACACCAUUGAAAUACAGUUCACAAACUGCAAAAACAGAUCAAAGACAAAUACUUCUGCUGCAUCAAAACACCAUUUCUUUCAAUUAUUAAUGCGUCACCUUCAGAAUUCAUCAUUGUUUGAGGGCUCUUCUGCAAAGAACUUGUCCCUUGAUUUUCAAGCUGUAAAAGAGAAUCUUUAUUUUGAAGCUGGUAAAAUGAUUGCAGUUUCUUUGGUUCAUGGUGGCCCAUCUCCUUGUUUCUUUUCCAAAACACUGUUCCGUUGUCUUGUCUGUGGUCCAGAGAAUGUGAAGCCAACUUUGGAAGAUGUUGCUGAUGUUGAUGUAGCACGAACAAUAGAAAUGAUAAAAUAUGCAAAUAGUCUGUCCAGCCUACAGUCUGCAAUACACGACUGUCAUGAAUUCCUUGCUGCUGCUGGAUGUUUACCUAUACGACCUAUAACAUCUUUGUGUGAUAAGGAUUUGCUGGUGAAUGACAUAUUGAUCCAUCAUGUGAUCAAGAGAAUUAUUUUGCCCUUAGAAAGUUUUAGGCAAGGUUUGAAAACUCUUGGUGUGCUCGAGAAAAUGCAGAUGCAUCCGGAUGCCUUCUCUAGUAUCCUGUGCCACAAAUCUGAAAGAUUUUCAGCAGAAACUAUUUACGAUCUCUUUACAAUCCAUUCCUCAUCAGAUGUAAAUAAAGCUGAAGGUGCUGAUUUUUGGGUGGGUUAUCUGCAAGAUGUGGAAAGUGGUGAGUCAGGAGUGACAUUGGAGGAUAUUCUGCUCUUUGCAACAGGCUCUAAUUGUAUACCGCCCGUUGGGUUUGAUCCUGAACCUACUAUUAAAUUUUUGCGUAGAAGGUAUCCCGUUGGAAACAGACUCCUUAAUUGCUUAGAGCUCCCUAUAACAGAGACAUACGAGCAGUUUAAAAAUAAAAUGGAGUUUGCCAUCAGAAACGCACUAAGAUUCAAAAUAGAAUAAAUUUCUUUGCUACGAACUGGGUGUUGGAAAUUUCAGUUUUCUGCAGGAACAUCUGCUUGCAAACCGCUACUGGGUUUUUGGACAGCAUGCUCUCCACCUUUCCCUACUUCUCCCCCAAAGAUAUGCAAAGAGUAGUAAUGUUGUAAGAUGAAAAACAGUGUUCAAAUGAAAAUACACUUUAUCUGUUAAAUCGUCUUCCUGUUUGAAGUUUGCUUUAAGAAUCAGCAAUCUCUUAGAGAAGUACUGUGAAUGUCUCCUUUUGCUCUAGACACUAUGAAAUGUUACCAAACUCUGCAACAUUCUAGCAGUUUCCCCCAGGUAAGUAUGUUUAUUGCAUGACAUGCUCCAGUAACUUCCUUAUCAAAGUCAAAUCAGGUACGUUUUGAUGAUAACUGCUGUAAAGCUUUCUCUCAAGGAAAACUGAUGCAGUUCUUCAUGUGUUGCGUGUGUAUUUUUUUCAGUAAUUGUUUUUACAUCGAUGACACAUUUAUGUUGUGAUGAUUCACACAACCUAUGAAAGUUAACAAUCUUGGAGUUUUAAGGUCAUUGUGGUUAGUGCAUUAAAAUAUAACUAGGCUCUGGAGAAAGCCUAGGCAAAAUAAGGCCCAAGAACAAAAUCUGACUGAACUUGAGUUUCUGUUGUUAAACAAACUCAAGUUCAUUUGAGUUUGCACACAUUUCUGCAUUCUACUGUUAUAUGUUAGUUUUUAAUUGUACAUACAGCCAAAGCAGUAAAAAAAUAAAAUACCUUUUUUAAUAUGCAAUAAUAUGUGGUCUUUCAAAAUGAAAUAUAAGGGUUAGACUUAAUGUUGUUCAAGUAUGAAAGUAUAAGAAUCUGUUGCUCACUAGAACGUGUUGUUUCAUCUUCAAAGGAAGUCAGUAUUUUCACAGAAAUAUGCACUAGAACUAUUAAACUAAAGGCAACCCACCAGCAACUUGUCAGUGCCUGACACUUUUCUAGCUUUUGGUCUAAACUCUUCCUGUUCAAUGGUAGGUGCAUUAUGAGCAAUUUCAGCUGUAUAAAAUAUAUUUCAAUUUUGCAGUAUUUGUAUAAAUACCAUUAAGCCAUAAAAGAUAAGUAGUGAAAUUCCUACACCGUAACACUUUAAUGUUACUAUUACUAAAACUAUGAAACUAAAAGGACAUUUAAGUACAGGUUGUUUUGUUUGUUUUUUCUAUACUAUGUCCCAAACAUAGGUUGUGCUAUAGAUGUGUGUGUGUGUAUAUAUAUAUACACACACAUUCUUCAAAAUACUGAAAAGUAAUAAUACACUUUUUUUUAUUAAUGUAGCUUGGUUUUAAUUGAAAAUACAAAGCAGGAUUGCUUUACUUUUGAAUGCUUUGGUAAGAAAGUAAAUUAUAAAUGGAUAGAUGCUUCUGAAAAAAACUAAUCUGGUUUCAAGUUCUGGGUUAUCAUUCAUUACAUGUAUUCUUGUAAUUAACAAAUUGUAUUGCUAAGUGCUAAUUACAUAGCAGUGUACUGCAACUAAAGAACUGUGGAAGUAGCAGUCAAGACUCAUAAAAUUUGAGACCAUGCUAUAAAGGUUAAAGACAAAGAGGCAGGUGGAUAUUGCACAGCUCAUUUUACGAUAUGCAGGUGUUUUGAAUCAGUCUUAAACUCCUACAGCUUCUCUUUCUUGAUUUUGGGAGAGGUGCUAAUCUCCUUUUUUACAGACCUGUUUCCAUCACUGGGUAACAAAAGUGUGCAUUGCUACUUCUUAAAAUUUUGUUAUUUCAAAGUCGCUAAAUUACUGCAAGGCUUGGAUGAGGCAUAUCUCACUACUUCUCAUAUAGCUAAAAAAAAAUUUGAUCUCAUCAAAGUCCUGUCGUCAGAAAUUUAGGAAUAUUUGAAAUUUAAACAGGCAUAGUGGUGUUUUUCUGAUUCUGAGCCAGAAGUGUAUUAAAGUCUCCUUUGAAAUAAAUGUAUGAGCUCUUGGAGAUAGUAUAUAGAGAAGUCAAAUGACUAAGCAUUUUCUCAUUCUCUUCUGAUUUUUUUUUUAAUCCAGUAAAAUUCCAUGUUUGUUGUCUUUGCAUAAUUUUUAAAUGGUAUACUGCUAAUAACUUUAUAUUCUUAACCUUCAGAAUGGUCUUGUUACCAUUAUAAGGAAGGUGGUUUGUUACAAAUUUGUGUAAUAAGGGUUCGUGUUCUUAAAACAGCAAUGAGUUUUCUGCAUAGUAUUAUACUUCAAAAAUGACUGGUGUACCCAGUGCAGUGUUCCUUUUUCAUGUGUAGUUGAGGAUAAAUGUCUUCUUGCAAUAUUAUAUUAUUUUUCUGUAUGGGAAAUAAAUAACUUACAGAAGUA